CCAAAACACAUCGACAAUCCUGAAGUCUCUCGAUCUCAUGAAGCAUCCUCUCCAGCUCCGACGACACCUCAUUACGCCAAAAAGUAACGUCACUGAUCCGUUCACCAAGCCUUCUAUUAGUGUCGUACUGACCAUGUUGUAUCUUCUCUUCAGCAUUUCUAAGAGAUGUUUAUCACAUAAUAAUGUCGUUGCGAGUCCGCCUCAUUGUAAUAUUUCACCUGCUUCUGAAACCACUCAUGCGGCGUAUACCUCGUAUAAAGGGCGGCUUGCGAUGCAUGAACGGGAUUGCGUUGAUAGCCCGUUAUCAGAUUGUCCUGGAACGCAGAGUGAAAGUGCUGGAAAAGCUUCAGCAUGUGCUGGCUGUCCAAAUCAGUCGUUAUGCUCAUCUGGAGCUGCUACACAACCUGAUCCUAGCAUAAAGCUUAUAAAAGAAAGACUUUCCUCAGUGCAGAAUAAGCUUUUGGUACUUUCAGGCAAAGGAGGAGUAGGCAAGAGUACUGUGACAUCACUGGUAUCUAGGUGCCUUGCAGCAAAUAAUCUCAACAAAAAUGUCGGAGUAUUGGAUAUUGACAUCUGUGGACCAUCACAGCCAAGAGUACUCGGAGCACUUGGUGAACAAGUACAUCACAGUGGAUCUGGAUGGUCACCUGUAUAUAUUGAGGACAACUUGUCACUGAUGUCUAUUGGAUUUCUACUUGGUAGCCCAAGUGAUGCAGUUAUAUGGAGAGGACCAAAAAAGAAUGGUAUGAUCAGACAAUUUUUGUCGGAAGUCGACUGGGGUAACUUGGAUUAUCUGAUAUUGGAUACACCACCUGGCACAUCUGACGAGCAUUUGUCUGCUACAUCGUACCUCAAAGGAACUGGUAUUACAGGUGCCAUAAUUGUGACAACACCGCCGCAAAUUGCCCUUUUAGAUGUUAGAAAAGAAAUAGACUUUUGCAGAAAAGUGAACAUUCCAAUCUUAGGUGUGGUUGAGAAUAUGAGUAUUUUCGUGUGCCCUAAAUGCAAGAAUACUGCAGAAAUAUUCCCAGCCUCGACAGGUGGUGCAGAGAUGAUGUCAAAGGAAUUGAAUGUAGAGUUCUUAGGCUCAAUACCUUUGGACCCAUUACUCGCCAGAUGUUGUGAUGAAGGUAGAAACUUUCUGUCGGAGAUGCCAAAUUCACCAACCGUCGACGCUUUAAACAAUAUUUGCAAACGUAUCAUUCAAAAGUGCGAAGAUGAGAAGGAAAACUAUCCAAAUAAUGCGGCAUAAAUACGUAAUUGUAUUUUCUGUAUAAAGAUCUAUAUGUAUAAUGUAUCUUUAUGAAUUAAAGUCUAUAUGAUUAUUUCUUACAGCUA